AUGUCCCCAAACCUCAUUCCAAAAACGGGCAGCAGAACAGCCCUAGACCCCCAAAUCCAAACAUUCCUCACCCAAAACUCCUCCCUCCAACUAGGAGGCACCGACUUCCUCGCCGAGCGCAAACACCACACCCAAGUAUUCGCCUUCCACAAUCAUCCCCCAAUCCUCCAGGCCUCAAUUGACCACGUCGAGUUUACGGCAAUCCGCGGCCCUCACGGAACGAUCCCAAUUCGCGUGUUUUAUCCCAGGAGCGGCGAGGAACAGAAACAGUCCCGGGAUGCCGCUGCAUUAAUCUACUUCCACGGUGGAGGCUACACAGUCGGAUCGGUGGAUGAGUUUGAGAAUGGUCUUCGGAUACUGGCGGAAGAGAGCGGCGCGCAGGUCUACGCUGUCGAGUACCGAUUAGCCCCCGAAUGGCAAUUCCCGACACAGCUAGAUGAAUACCUCGCGGUACUAGAAUGGGUUCAGGGUAAAGGUGGUGCGGAACGAGGAGUUAAUCCCCAACUAGUCUGCGGCGGAGGCGAUAGUGCCGGAGGAAACAUGACCGCUGCGCUCGCCUUGCGCGUUAAAGACGGGAAAGGCGGCAGAGCGCAACCCAUGCGCGCGCAGAUCCUGCUCUACCCAGAAGCGCGAAUCCCAUUCGACACUCCUGCUGCGUCGGAAAAUAACUCGGGGAUCUACCUGGAGUGUAAUGGCAUCUUUUCUUUUGCGGAUCACUAUCUUCCCCGUGGAACGCCACCGUCGCAUCGAUAUAUCUCGCCUGGGAUGCAGCCAAUCUCGUCAUUACGGGAUCUACCGGCGGCAGCGGUAUACACUAAUGGAUUUGAUCCGCUGCGCGAUGUUGGGGUGGAGUAUGCGUCCAAGUUGGAUGAGGCGGGUAACCAGGUUGUCUGGCAUCAUUUUGAUACGCUCCCACAUGGAUUCUUGCAAAUGGCGCCAUGGAGUGAGAAAGCUAUGAAGGCGACGAAGCAAGUUGGUAAGGACUUGGGAGAGUUGGCAUAUGGGAAGUAA